GAGGAUGAAGAGGAGAAUGACGUUGAUGGCACUAGAGAUACCGCGGACAGUCCUGCGACCUCGGUCAGCACAAAAGAAGUUGUCAUUGACGAUGAGGCGGCAAAGCAUCAAGCGUUCUACAACUCUCUCAUAAUGAAGGCUUCGUUGGCUGAUUCCUACGAUAUAGUGCCGAAAGUUGCCAUUCCACACGCAACUGGUAUAAAUUGCUUUGCACUUCCAAAGACGUCUAAGUGGCUUUUCACUGGUGGUGAGGAUGGGUUCAUAAGGAAGUACGAUUUCUUUGCUUCCAUUGACGGUGAAAUCCAAUUGACAUCUGCUCAGAGACACUCAUUGGUUGAUCUGAUUACAAAUGCCGGUGUACUGCUAGCAUACUGGGACAACGAAAUACCCGUGAAGAGAAGCUCGAUAAAGGGUGAUACGUAUGAGCCUAAAUUGUCCCCAGUGUACUCCUUAGCGGUGGAAAACAAUUGUCUUUGGCUUCUUGGUGGGUUAUCAACCGGCGGUAUCAAUUUGCAAUCUAUCAGGCACAACGAAGGUAGAAUUGUACACCAUUUCAAGGGUCAUUCAAACUCGGUGUCUGUGCUGCAGCUAAACCAACGACAAGAUCAAUUUCUAUCCGGAAGUUGGGAUAACAAUAUAAUCCAAUGGGACUUGAACACCGGGAAUCAAAUCGCAAAUUUCAAAGAUUCAACUGGACAGAUAUCAUCUAUACAGUAUAGACCAUCAGGUGGGAUCUCUUUAGAUCAAGCUCAACAGGCUCAACCGGAUGAUGACGAUAUGGAUUCACUGUUUGGAGACGACGACGACGACGACGAUAACCGCAACAAUGUCACUGAUAAACCCAAAGAAAACAAUCAGCCAGGGGAUCCACAGUCUGAAGUUGAUGAGAAUGUCUUUUUAUCAUCCUCCGUUGAUGGAUCACUUUAUGUUUGGGACGUUAGAACCCAUAAACACGUGCUUAGACUGAAACCACCUAAGGGAACACCUCCUUGGUGUGUAUCGGCUUGUUGGUCUUAUGACGGUAACUCGAUAUUCGCUGGAAGAAGAAAUAGUUGCGUCGAAGAGUUUUCAUUAAAGAUGCCUUUCAACUCUAGUGGUGAUCCAACGCCGGCAAGAACACUUAAAUUCCCUUCAGUUUCAGGUGCAGUUACAGCAGUAUCGGCUUUGCCAAAUCAUAACCAUGUGGUCUGUGGGUCAUAUGACAACAUAAGAAUCUAUGAUUUGAGACUCCAUUCAGACUCACAGAAAAAGACGCCAUUCCUUAUCGUUCCAGGCCACCACGGUGGUACAGUCUGUGAUAUAAUGUUUGACCCAACAUAUAGGUAUAUGAUUAGUGCUAGUGGUAACCGUGGAUGGCAAGGAUCGAGCAUUGAAAGUGCGUUCGUCUACGAAGUGGGGAUAGAA